AUGGCCGACGAUUCGCCGAUCGAACAAGUGCGACUGACGGUUCCUCCGACAGAUGAUCCGACAUUGCAAGUGCUAACCAUCCGCACAUGGCUCGUCGGCAUUCCACUCUGCAUCCUACAGACGGUGUUGGUCCGAAUUGGCAUUUUCCGACGGCAGUUGAUUAGCAUAUCAUCCGUUUGUAUUGACAUCAGCCUGCUCAUGGUGGGGAAUCUGUUAGCCAAGGUUCUGCCGGAGAAAUCAGUGAGAAUGCCGGGAACAAGAUCAUUGUGGCAUCAAUUUAAGAAGGCGUAUAAAGAUGAGGAGCAAGAUGUGCAUGCAAGGCUAAUGAAGCAAAACUACGAAUCUGUUCCUCAGUGGUGGUUUUACUCCAUGUCGCUCUCGAUGAUCGGAAUGGCAAUUUUGUUCUGUGAAGGCUUUGGAGGUCAAAUUCAACUUCGUUACUGGGAACUUUUAUUGGCAUGCGCUGUCGUGCUUCUUUUCCUUCCAUUGGAAGGUGUACUCUCAGCAAGUACUGGUUCGGGUUUCGGUUUAGAUUUGUUAUUGGAAAUCAUAAUCGGAUACUUGAAUCCAGGCAAGCCUUUAGGCAACAUGGCUUUCAGACUAUACGGUUCUGAGGCCCAACAAAUGGCAGCAGGUGUCAUAGCUACCUUCAAAUUAACACACUACAUGAAGGUUGCUCCCAAAAUUGUUUUUUUUAUCAUGUUUGUAGGCACAACGUGUUCAUGCUUCGUUGAUUUCGGCGUAGCAUGGUGGAUGCUGCACUCGGUAAAUAAUAUUUGCCAACCAGAAUUGCUUCCGAUUGGAAGUCCUUGGACAUGUCCUAGUGAAAGAGCAACAUACAUCAGUGGGGUGACAUGGGGGCUUAUCGGACCAAGUAAGAUAUUUUAUCCUGAGGGCAUGUACUCGGCGGUCUUCAUCUUUGCUCUUAUUGGACUCGUGGCACCCAUUCCUUUGUGGUUGUUAUCGCACAAAUACCCUGAAAAGAAAUGGAUUACACUCGUCAAUUUUCCAAUUGUAUUUGGUGUGGCUUCUGCUUUUUCCUUGGGCGGACUUGCUAGUUAUUGGAGUUGGUUUACUGUCGGAUUGAUCUUCAACUACGUCAUCUUUCACAAAUAUAAGAAAUGGUGGGCGAGAUAUAAUUAUGUGCUGUCGGCUGGACUUAACGUUGGUUCUGCAUUUUGUAUUGUUUUACUUAGUCUCUCUCUUCAAUUAUUUGAAGAUGUAUAUGGAGUGAAUUGGUGGGGAUUAGAUAGUGAUCAUUGUCCCUUGGCAAAAUGCCCAACAGUGCCGGGCGUUGUUAUUCAAGGAUGUCCCAUGAUAAAGUGA